UUUCGAUUUGUGUUUCUAUAGUUUCUUCAUUCCGUUCCACCAAGUGCUGCACCGAUUGUGUGAAAUUUUUAAGGAUGUCUCUGGGACCGUUCUUCCGUUCUCCCUUCACGGAUCUGACCGCUUCUAUGGUCAACUUCCAGCAGUACGACAAGUGCGGUGAAUUGGAAAUGGCAUCCAUCGACUGCCUGGAAGCAUACGGAACAGUCAAGGGAGCCGAAAAGUGCGCCAACAUCUUGGCCGAUUUUCAGGAAUGCGCCUUCAUGAACAAGCAAAUGAAGAGAUUCCAGGCGAUGCGAUUGGAAAGACAUCGUCAGGGAUUGUUGGGUGACAGGAAGUCUAGUGAAUACUAUGCCAAGGCGCCACGUGUUGAUGCUUAUUAGUUCGGUAAAAGGAAAUUCGUUGGUGUAAUAAAGUAAUUUCUCGAUACAUA